CGAUUCUGCUCUUCUUCUCCUUUCUUCCCGCUGCAGCCACUCGAAAGAAAAAAAAAAAGGAAACCCAACCAUGCCUUGGAAAAUUGGUAAGGAAGCUUGGUAUUUUCCCCUUCCUUUCUUGUUCUAGAACCCAUAAAGAACCCAUAAAUUUCCCCCACCCCUCUGCAGAAUCCGGAUCUGCCUUGCUCUGCUCCUCACCGUCCGACUGCUCCUGCUUUGUGGGUGUGAUUUGUUCGGUCUUUUGAGUACAGUAUGAUAAGUUUCGAGCCUUGUACAUUUGUGGGACCUUCUCACGAGUGCACGGCGUCUGUCGCGCCUCGAAUUUUGGUUUUGGGGUGUGACACUAAGAUCACUCAAUAAUUACAUAAACAAGUCAAAGUAUAAGAGAUUCAAGUUGGUAGGUAAAAGAUAUUCAAUGAAAGUGUCUACAAAGC